AUGGACGGAACAGGUCAAUCGGGCCCAAUGGUCCCUCCUCAGCAGCAAAACUCGAACCUGAUUCGCACUGAUCAAGUUCAGAAGCUGCCUCAUCUCACAGAGCAACAGAAAUUGCAGCAUACCCAGCUUGUCCGGACUCUCUGGGACACACUUAACACACGCGACCCAUCGACCAAUGAGUACAAUACUGCACACAUGAAACUGUCGCAGCUAUCUCAGAGUCUCAUGAAGGGCAUGAGGAUGUAUCAGCAGAACCGCACAAUGCAGGCGCAUCAGCAACAGGCUCAGGCACAAGCCGCUCAAGCUCAGGCUCAUGCUCAGGCACAAGCCCAGAAUGUUGCGCCGCAAGGACAACCUGUUCAACGAACUCAGUCAAGCAACCCACAGUCUUUGAACCAGCUGCUACCACAAAUCCAAGCCAAAGUUAGCGCCCUCAACUUCUACCUCCCACCAAAUGUCACCCAGGAACAACUUCAGACAUGGAUCCCCGAGGCCCGGUUGCGAUAUGGAAUUGCGCUCCAGAAACAGGAGGUUGGUAGAGUUCGGAUGACCGAGUUGCGUCAGCAAUAUGCAGCACGCACGGCGCAAGGCAAUAUUACUUCGGAGGAGGUGCCAGACUUCAAAAACCGCCAGCUAGCUGCUGAGAAGCUGUAUCGGGAGGGUAGUGACUUCUUAGCCAAGUUCAAGGAACAGCAGGAAGGGUUCAAAAUGCAGGCAUCAGGAUCGAAUGGCCCAAUAGCCAUGAGUCAACCAGCAGCUGCCCAGUCGCAGCCUGUUCUCGCAGCAGCAACUCCAGUCCAAACACCGAGCAAUCAAACACCCAACGCGGGACAAUCCCAGGCUCCAGCUCCUCAUACCAUAAACUCAGCUGUGAAUGCAGCACGUCAGAAUUCUGUUAUGUCGCCUUCUGUUUCUCAGGCAGGACAGCCACCUUCAGGCUCUCCGGUUGGCACAACUCCUGCCUCGGCCACGCAGCCACUCACACAACGCUCACAAGCUCCUUCCCAACCGGGAGCAUCAGGCGCUCAAGUCACCUUCAGUCAAACUCCCAACUUGGAAGGUGCGACACCUACAUCAACCGGACCUGCACAGAUCCACCAAGGCCCUCCUCGUCCUUUAUCUGCGUCUGCAGCUCUGCAUCAAUCAGCACAAAGUUAUAGUAACCCAAAUACUUCCCAGCAACCACAACAGCAAAACAUGAAUCAGGCAGUCAAUAAUCAACAGGCGCAGCCUCAGGGCUACCUGGGAAAUCGUGCUACUGACACUUCUGCGCGCAACAAUAACAUGGCCAUUCCUAAAACUCUCAACGUUCCAACUCCUGAACCUGUCUCCAUGCCAGCUGUCCGUCCUACUCUUUCUGGUGGUCCCAAUCACGCCUCGAUGGGAAUGUCUUCCCAACCCGCUAUCCAGAAGCACCCUGGCUACGUCCUUGAGGGCGAAGGUCAGCACGUCCUCAGCAAGAAGAUGCUAGAUAUCCUCGUCCGCCAGGUCACCGGUGGCGGCGAGAACGAAAUGUUGACACCCGAUGCUGAAGAGUUCAUGCUCCAGAUGGCUGAUGAUUUCGUUGACGAUCUCGUCGUCCAAGCCUGCCGCCUGGCCAAGCUUCGCCCAUCGGCCACCCUGGAAAUUCGCGACAUCCAGCUUGUCCUCGAGAAGAACUACAACAUGCGUAUUUCCGGUUUCUCUUCCGAUGACCUUCGCACCGUCAAGAAGCCCCAGCCUGCCCAGGGCUGGCUGCAGAAGAUGUCUGCCGUCCAGGCUGCCAAGGUCACUCAGGGACGCACCGAGUAA